AUGAAUCGGGGCCGCGGCUGGAUUGGGCUUCGCCUCACGACGGCGUGCGUGACUUUAGCCCUGCCGGCCAAGCGAGCGUCCCUAAGCAGCGACUAUGAGCACGCCGAGCACCUGCUCCGCGCGGGCUUCGAGCGCAAGCCCCUGUCGCUGGCUGAUUCGCAGGCGGGCGGAGACUGCCUGCAGCACACUCUCACCUCUGGCCAGCGCGAUGCGGUGGCCGAUCGGUCGUCCCACCUGGAUUCAGCUACGUUUGCUCAGCUACGCACUUUCUCCAUGUUCGUCGGCUACUCCAGCUCUGGCCACACUUUGGUGGGCGCUCUGCUCGAUGCGCACCCCAACAUCGUCAUGGCGCACGAGCACGGUUCGCUGCGCGAGUACAGGCGGACGGCUCUCUUCACCUCACUUGUGCGCAACUCGGUCACGUGCGCCGUCUACGGGCGUAUGCAGUCGGGCUUCAACUACUCGUUCGGCGGCGCGCUCCCAUGGCAGGGCCGCUGGUGCGCUGCGAGCCAGACUGACGACCAAGGGGUGUGCGAGGGCCGCGGUCUACUGGCCAUCGGCGACAAGAAGGGCGGCCAGACAGCUGAGGACCUCAUGGCCCUCAACGGCACCGCGCAGGCGACGCGCUGGCUGGUGGAACGGUCGAGUGCGGACCUGCGCCCCGCGGGCGGUGCCGCCCCACCCACCGACCAAUCGUGGCACGCGCUCACCGUGUGCGAGCUCGCCUACCUUAGCACAAAGGCGUGGUCCAGACUCUCGCUGCUCGCCAAGAUCCUGCGGCUGCGCGCCAAGGUCGCCGAGCAUGGCUGCACCUGUUCGGUGGAGGGGUCGAGUGGCCUCGCAUGCGCGUGCGCCCGUGCAGGCGCAUCCGCAGGCGCCGCCGCCGCGCCGGCCAGCCUCGCGCAGGCGGAUGUUGGCUGGCUCGACCUGAGGACCGAGCUCUUCACAAGAGAGCCUCGCGUGCACCUGCGAGCGCUCUGCGCCUUCCUCGCGGUCCCCUGUCCCGAGAGCUUCCUCGCCUCCGCGACGGCGGUGGUGCGUCCCGCGCGCAGCGCGACGGCGGAGCUGCUGCGCUGGCCGCAGCAGUUGGUCGACGCAAUCACCGGGCGGUUACGAAAGAUGACGAAAGAUGACCCGUCGCUCCUUCCUUUGCUGGGAGGCUACAUUGACGAGACUCCCUUCAGGUCCGGAGCCACAGGCUCGGGUGAUCUCGCGCAGCUGUCAACGCACGUGCCGGAGAUUGCGAGGAUGCUGACCGAUCGGUUCCGGUGCCAAGAAAACAAAGACGCGCACCGGAGGGCCCUGACCAAACUUGCGUGGUGGCGGGAGCCGGCAUUCGUUGGCAUCCUAUGGGUCGUCCAGAGUAUCGACCUCUGGCUUGUCAGCCGCCCCACCGAGGGCACCAUGAAGUACAGCGAUCGCCACCUCGCUGGCCUCUCCGCAGGCCCCCCCGACCGCGUCAAACUCAUGGGCGCGGGCUCUCUCGGCUACGGGACCGGCCCCAGCUUCGGCUGA